AUGUUCUGUCUCCGCACCUGGUUACCUCUGCUCUUCAUCCCGACCAACGCAUCCCCCAUUUUCAUCAUCUCCUUCGUGGUUCUCACCUACAUUAUCCACCGACCAUGCAUCUACUGCUCAGUACUCAUACUCAUUCUCUUUGCCUCAUCUUGUCAUUGGUCCGACCGUUGCAUCUUCGAUCUCCGUAGUAAUUGGUUUGCGCCACGCUACAGUUCAGUACUCAGUGACCAUGGAUCCCUGCCUGGAAAUGCUACACUGGCUGCUCCAGUUCCAGGCAAUAGCAUAGCAGAAUUCGCCUUUGACACAUUUAACUCGACAGCCAAAACUUUGGCGGGUGCGGCCAUGGACAGUGUUCAACAACGAUUGGGAUUGGGAUUGGAAUCAAAGCCCGAUGAGUGGACGGGUGUAGGUCUGGAGUGGCUGCGGAAUUUGCUGGGACGACGAGAAUGGACUAUUCCUUGUGUAGAUGUCAAAGUCCGCCUGUAA